AUGGCUCUCAAGCCCGGGGAUCCCGGAUAUAUGGAGCAAGAUGUCAGUCCUACGCUAUACUCCAUUACGUUUUCCUGUCUCGGAUUCGCGCUUCUGAUAGUCACCCUCCGACUCUUUAGCCGCUUGUAUAUUUUGAAAACUACGCGCUUGAACUUAGCGGAAUGGCUUGUCGUUGUCUCAUCCGUGGAUAUUGCAUCAUGUGUGUUGAUUCAUUUUCAAAUCGUGACUGGUAUGGGUAAGCAUAUUGAAUACUCGCGCGCAAGACCAAAAAUGUUGGAAGCGAGCAUGAAGGUUGGAUUAGCACAGAACUCCGUGUAUCAGGCACUUGUCGGGUUGAUUAAAGCCAGUAUGCUCGCUCAAUUACACCUACUUGCCGCGCCUGGUAUGCAAAAAAAGGUCGAAUUUUGGACUGGCUGCUUAGUAUGUAUCUUUACGAUCUUUACUACUUUCGCUGCAAUUUUUCAGUGUAUACCAAUGAGCGCUGCUUGGAGUAUUGACACAUUUCCACGCGGCUGCUGGAAUAUGAUGGCUAUGAACUUUUUUACAUCAACAGUUAACACAAUCUUCGACUUUAUUAUCUUCUUUCUACCUCUACCAACCCUCCUCGGUCUAAAAAUGAAGAGGAAGAAAAAAGUAGUUUCCUUAAUCUUUACCUACUGCGCAGGGUCUCUGGCUAUCGCAUGCUCCAUCGUUCGAUUACGUAACAUGAUAUACUUUCGAGGAGUCGGAGAUUUUACCUACCAUGCUUCUAUGGUACCAGUGUGGGGUGCUAUUGAGUGCAAUGCUGGAAUAGUUUGUGGAUCAUUUCCAUAUAUCAUGCCCCUCAUCAAGCGUAUGAGUGGCAGUAUCGUUGACAGCAUUGGCGUCUCACGUGCCAAUCCAACCUUGAAUCAGCAACAUGACGGGCAGCACUCAAAGCAACUGAGCUGGCCGUUACAAUCGAAACGCCAAUCUCGAUGGCAUCAGAUGGACUCAGAAUCUAUCGAGGCAAUCACAGAAAACAGCGGAUGGAAGGAAUUGGAUCAUAUCAAGAAAACCCAGCAUCAUGUCGAGCACUCUGUACCUGUCGAGCACACUCCACAUAUCCCAACUCUACCCUACGAUACUCUGUGA